AAGCGGUUUGCCGAUGGUCGGCCGUGUGUACUGGGUAUUGAUGAGGCCGGACGAGGGCCUGUUCUUGGACCGAUGGUCUACGCAUGUGCCAUAUCACCAUUGGAUAAGGCAGACGAAUUGAAAGGACUUGGUGAUUAA